AUGAGCGAAUCCCACCAUCCCGCUACCAACACUAGCCAACCCAUUGCCUCCGUCUCCAACCAUCCCAGCGCCGCUGCCAUUGUUUUUGAUCACGAUUGUGUCGAUAAAUUGGUGAACAACAUUCAUGAACAGAAUGUGCAACACGGACAAGGAAGUAUUGCCAACAAUGUACCUCACUUGGAAAUGAAGUUUGAUUCUGAGUCGGCGGCUUAUGAAUUUUAUAAUGAGUACAGUAAAAGAAUUGGAUUUGGUAUUCGUCGAGAAUAUGGAAAUAAAACCAAAGUAGAUGGAGUUUUGACUUCAAGAAGAUUCACAUGCUUCAAAGAGGGUGUACGAGGUGUUGACAAAAGACGUCAACCAAAAGGGGAGCCUAGAGCAGAAAUUAGAACGGGAUGUUUGGCGCGUAUGGUUAUUUCACUCGAUCGGAAGAUAGAGAAAUAUAAAGUUGUUGACUUUAUAGCUGAACAUAACCACGAACUUCAACAUGAGCAUGUUCAUAUGAUUCGCUCUCAUCGACGCAUAUCUGAUACACAAGCAUCACAAAUUGUCUUGGGAGAUGAAUCUGGAUUAAGACCAAAAGAUUUGCAUGAAUAUAUAACCAAGCAAGCUGGUGGAAUAAAGACAGUUGGUUUUACAAAAAAAGACCUUACGAAUUACCUUGAAACCAAAAGGAAGCAGUCACCAAAGUAUGGUGAGGUGGGUGCAUUGAUGAUGUAUUUCAAAAAAGAAAGUGAAAAUCCCUCGUUCUAUUAUGACUUGCAAAUGGAUGUUGAAGAGCAAAUAACAAAUAUAUUUUGGGCGGAUGCACAAAUGAUAAAUGAUUAUGGGUAUUUUGGUGAUGUUAUCACUUUUGACACCACAUACAAGACAAAUAAGGGUUAUCGGCCGUUGGGAGUAUUUGUUGGACUAAAUAAUCACAGGCAAACAAUCAUUUUUGGGGCAGCAUUGUUAUAUGACGAAACAAUCCCUUCUUUCAAGUGGUUAUUUGAAACAUUUCUCAAGGCAAUGGGUGGUAAAAAGCCAAAAACCAUGAUGACGGAUCAAGAUGCCGCGAUGGCUAAGGCUAUUUCUUUAGUUAUGCCAGAAACAUUUCAUGGAUUGUGCACUUGGCAUAUAAGACAGAACGCUUUACGACAUGUGAACCACUUGUAUCAAAAGAUUUCACGAUUCGGUUUGGAUUUUGAAGCAUGCAUAGAUCUACAUGAAGAUGAGGGUGACUUUUUGAAUGCUUGGAAUUCUUUACUUGUUGAGCAUAAUAUAUUGGAAGGGUCGUGGUUGCAUACAAUUUUUCAAUUGAAGGAGAAAUGGGCAUGGACAUAUGUCCGGAAAACAUUCACUGCAGGUAUGAGAUCUACUCAAUUAAGUGAGAGCUUUAAUGCUGAUUUUAAGAGUCAUGGCCUUGCAACAUGUUGCUAA